AUGACCCCAUAUUGCAGUAAUAAACAGGAAAAUGAAGACUAAGAAUAUUAAUGUGCAAUUUUGGACACGAAGAGAGAGAAAUGGUUUUAGAAAUGGUACCAAAUAUCUUGUUCUAUAAACAAAAUUCAGUACAUUAUUGAUGGAUAAAUAAUUAGAAUGUAAGUAAUUCGAAUAAAAAAAAAUAGAGAGAAAUUAAGGGAUUAUUUAAUAAAGCCUCAAAUAUUUACUAAUUUAAAUUAAAUCUAAUAUCUUUAAUGGACAGGAAAUUAUGGAAAGAAUAAUAAUAAAGUUGGAAAUGGAGUACAUUUUGGAGAGGUGAAAAACUAUAGAAAGUUGGUGGAUAUUAUAGAUACAAAAUUAAUAGCAAAUAUUGAAAGUUUUAUACUUUGAGGGGUAUUUGGAAAGAAAUAAUAAAAAAUUAUUGUAGGUAAGCAUUUAUUAAGUUCUAAAAUAUAGCUAAUUUUAGGCAUUUGAACUUGGAGAAUACAAAAAUAAUAAAAAAAGUGGAAAAUGGAUUACUGUCUUUAAAAAUAGAUAGAUGUAUAAUUCAUGAAUAAAUGAAUUAGUGGGGGUGGAUUAUACAAUGAAUAAGGUUAAAAGGAAGGCAAAUGGAUAGAAUUAAGCGAAGCUUUUCUGAAUGGAUCAAAGGCAACUUUUAGUUAUAUUUAUAAAAAUGGAAAAAUUGUUGGUUUGUAGGAUAUAUUUUUUAAUAAUAAAAUAUAGUAAAAAAUAUUAUAAAUUGUGGGUUUUAGUGGUUUUGGAUUUUAUGGUGAAGUUGGAAGUUAUGGAGUAAAGUUGGGUAAUUGGGUGGAAAUAUCGAAUAGAUUUAAACCCAGUUCUUAAAUAACUUAUAAUGGUCGAUAUAAAUACGGUUCUAAAGCUGGUAGAUGGGAUAUUGAGCAUAAACAGAAGAUUAUGAAGUACUUUAAAAAAUGUAAAAAUAUUAUAUAUAGUGGCUUUAGUGGUGGUGGUAUAUAUGAUGAAGGAGGUGAUGGAACAAAGAAUGGAAUUUGGACUGAAUUAGAUGAUAAAUAUAAUUAUUCAAAUUAAGUAAUUCAUAAUGGCUAUUAUAAAAAUGAUAAAAAAGCUGGUUUAUGA